CGGGGCGCUUCACGGCUUCCGGUGCUCGUCGUACGCGGGUGUGAGAGCAGCACAGGGCUUUCAUGACUGACUAGGGUGAAUUUCCCCGAGAUCUGCGUUAGCUGCGAGUCUCUGUAGCGAUCAGGAGAGUUUGUUCCUGCGACAGAAGAGCGAUGGGCUUCCGAAAGAAGAGCAAGAGUCCUCCCGUGCUUAGCCACGAGUUCGUGCUCCAGAAUCACGCGGAUAUGGUGUCGUGUGUGGCCAUGGUCAUCCUGCUGGGACUCAUGUUCGAGGUGACCGCAAAAUUUGCAAUCAUGUUCAUCACAGUCCAGUAUAAUGUCACACUAACCCUGGAUACGGAUGCAGAGGACAAGCGUGAGCCUGUCAACUACUACAAAUACGGUCCCAAGGACAUCGCAACAGUCUUCUUUUACCUGCUCAUUGCCAUAAUCCUUCAUGCCCUGAUUCAAGAGUACAUACUCGAUAAAAUCAAUCGUCGGCUUCAUUUGUCCAAAACCAAACACAGCAAGUUCAACGAGUCGGGACAGCUGGCCACCUUCUACUCGUUCUCCUUCGUUUGGGGCUGCAGCAUCCUCACCAAUGAGGAGUUUGUGACAAAUCCCACUUUUCUUUGGGAAGGUUAUCCUCAUAUCCACAUGGCUUUCCAAGUGAAGUUUUUCUAUAUCUGUCAGAUUGCCUACUGGCUCCAUGCUCUUCCUGAACUGUAUUUUCAGAAAGUACGAAAGGAGGAUAUUCCACGCCAACUGUACUACAUCUGCCUUUAUAUUUUUCACAUCACUGGUGCCUAUGUCCUCAAUCUCCACCGUCUGGGCCUGGUUCUUCUGGUGCCACAUUAUCUGGUGGAGCUGCUCUUCCACGCCUCACGACUCUUCUACUUCAGUGAUGAAAACAAGCAGAAAGGGUUCACACUCUGGGCUCUGCUGUUUGUCAUCACACGUCUCCUGACGCUCACCGUUUCUGUCCUGACGUUUGGUUUCGGCCUGUCCCGCACUGAUAAUCAGGGAUUCUCUUUAGCAGAAGGAAACUUUAAUGUGCUGACUGUCAGGAUGACAUGUCUGUCAGCCAUCUGCCUGACCCAGGCCUGGAUGAUGUGGAAAUUCAUCAAUUUCCAGCUGAAAAAAUGGAGAGAACAAUCUCAAAUCCAGGCCAGCAAGAAGAAAGCUGUCAGCCCAAAAAGCAGACCCAGCAAGAAGGACUCACGAGGGGGCUCAGACAAUGGAGUCAUGAAACCAGAUGACAAGACCUCGCCAAGAGCAAGAAAAUCUAAAGCCUCAUAAGAAGACAGAGAGCAGCUGCCCUAAAUGUGAUGCUCUGUUUCCACUCUGAACUUUAGAAGAGAAACAGAUUUGAUAACUGCAGAAAGAACCACAGAGACAGACUUUGUUGUAUGGCAUGGUUCAGGUUUUAUUGGUCUCCUGUUUUACCGGUCUGCAUCUUAAAAAUGAACUAUAGAUUUAUAAUCAAUCAUUAUAUCCAUGUGCUCGUGACUUUUAGCCAAACUGAGAGGUUUUCUGAAGGUUUUGUGAUGGACGUGAAGAGCAGAUGUUGCGCGAUCCACUCACUUGUUAAGUUGUGGGGUUUGUUGAGUCCAGCUCAGAAGAUGAAGAAUUUAUCUGGCCCUGAACACAAUUAUACCCUAUUUAACAUAAUGUCUGUGCUUUUUUAUGAAACACAAACACAGUGUGGACAGAAGCUUUUGACAAGUGUCCUUUGUUAAUUGUUAACCUUUAGCCCUUCAGUCCUGAUCGCUACUAUGAAGCUCAGUGAGCAAGUCCAGUAUAAGGAGGCUGAGGUGGCCAAGGACUGCUACACAACAUAGCUUUCAAAUGACCUUAGCUGUGUGAUUUUACAUUUUGAUACUGAGAGCAGGAAGAACUGUGUGUGAAUGUAAUUUGAGGAUAAUUUUAUAAUUGUUUGUAGCGUCUAUGUUUGAGAUGUUUGUGAGAGCUCCCCCUGCAGGCUUGGAUGAUGCUGACAACUAGUUUGAGGGCGUUGUUUUGGUUUUUGGUUGCAUUUGAUUGUCGUCUGUGGUAUUUUUCAUGGACAGUGGU